AUGAACGGCCGCAGGAAAGACCAGCUCCUGCAAACCACGAUCUACCAAGCCUGUAAACCGGGACUUUCAAUAAAAUACAGGACCAACAAUUGCGACUCUCGGUGUGCAAGGACCACCGGAGCCAAGGAGAGGCUUGCUCCUGGAAUUUUAGUCCCUCGGGGGAGAGGACUCUGCUGCAACGGCGGGACCUUACCCAGCAGUAAGUGGAGUGGACGGCCGCCGCUGCACUAUCCUGCCCAACGGAGCCCGACAGACAAGCUGAACUAUUGCGGACCCGGUCCCGAUAUAUAUUUGCCAAAUACAGAGUGA